AGAAAAAAUUUACAAAUUCCGAAACGAAAUAAUAAACGCUGAAAAUAAAUCGCAAAGAUGGCUAUGCAUUGGGAUGUGAAGUGCGAUGGCUGCGACAAGACCAACUUGGUGCACUACAGAUACAAGUGUUUGCGCUGCCCCAACUACGAUCUGUGCGCCGCGUGCUAUGAGAACAAGGUGGAGACGGGGCCGCACAGCAACGAGCAUCCGUUCCAGUGCCUGCUGGAUCGGGCUGCGCGCGAGCUGUUCUUUGCCGGCGAGGAUAUACCGGAACUGUGCGCGGACAGCUUCACUUGCCCGUUCUGCGGCAAGAUGGGCCACUCCGUCAAGGAGCUGGUGAAGCACAUCCAGGCCAAGCAUCGCGGCGACAGCACGCCGGUCAUCUGUCCGCUCUGCGUGGCGGUGCCAGCAGCGGACACCAUGCGCAUGACCAAUCUCGUGAACCACGUCUCGCUGAUGCAUGGCACCGGAAUAUUGCGCAUCGGCGGUGGCUCCGGCAGCACCUCGGGGCGCACCACCGGCUUCGAGCUGCCGCCAAUGAGCGCCUUGUCCGGACUGGGCCAGGGCCAGGGCCAUGGCCAUGGACCGGACAACGAGCUGUCCAGUGGCUUGCGCACGCGCAGCCCACCGCCGGAUCCGGCACGCAUGGGCGGCUUCCAGUGGCCACCCAGCAUGAGCAGCAGCGCCUCGCAGGAUGAGGACCUGUAUCCGGACUCCUGGCUGCCGGAGCUGAGCAGCCUCAGCGGCAGCAUGCACACCAUGCGCGAAACCGAUCUGGAUCUGAGCAGCCUGGUCGAGCAUUCGCCGUUGCGUCGCGGCACACCGAUCUCACGUCUGCGCCGGGAGCACCAGCGGGAGCAGCAGCAACAGCAGCAACAACAGCAGCAGCAGAACAACCAACAGCAGCAGCAGCAGCAGCAGCAGCAGCAGCAGCAGCAGCAGCAGCAGCAGCAGCAGAACAAUCAAGGCCAACGGCGCACCCAAAUUACCCCAGUGCCACCACUCGCCAUGGCGGAGGACCUUAGCGACAACGAUGCCGAAGACCAUGCCGGCAACGACCCAACCUCAUCCAUUUAGGCGAGCAUACCUCAUUCAGCAUCCAAAUUCA